AUGAGUCCGGAAACUAUCACCAUUCACAAACCUGUAGAAGGGUUUGUACACGAGUACGCUCCAAGAAUGACCGCUUUUGAGUUCAAGAAUAAGGAGGCCCAGUCUCAGAAGGUUCUCCUUUUUAUUGGUGGCUUGACUGAUGGCCUGCUGACUGUGCCUUACCUUCCAGACUUAUCCGCUGGCUUAGACAAAAUUGGAUGGACACUUGUUCAAAUUCUCUUCACGUCCUCAUACAUGGGCUGGGGAACUGGAUCCCUAGAGCGGGACGCCUACGAAAUCGGUCUUCUUGUUGAGUAUCUCCGGUCCGAAAGAGGGGGUUCCAGAGACAGGGUCGUUCUCAUGGGUCAUUCGACAGGCUGUCAGGAUACAAUUCAGUAUCUUGCCAAAUAUGCCCCCAAGGAGCCAACAAAACAAGUGGAUGGUGGAAUUUUGCAGGCUGCCGUCUCAGAUAGAGAAGCAAUUUUCCACGAGCUGCAGGAACAAGGAAAGGGCUGGGAAGAUUUAGAGGAGCUGAAUGCUCUUGCUCGCAGCUAUGUAAGCGAGGGUCGGGCAUAUGAGGUUCUUCCAACAAAGUACUCAGAUCUUUUUUUGGGAGCUCCCAUCAAUGCGUAUAGAUGGCUUUCUCUCGCGACAAAAUUGGGUGACGACGAUUUCUUCUCUUCUGAUCUCACUUUGAAGGAUAACAAGCAAACGUUUGGAAUGGUUACACGCCCAAUCAUGGUACUGAACUCCGAGAACGACCAGUUCUACCCAGACUAUGUCGAUAAGCAGGCUUUGAUGACUCAAUGGAAGUCUGCGACUCCUGAAGAAUUCUGGUCCCCACAUUCCGGGCUUAUUCCUGGUGCGCUCCACAACAUAGGUCCUGGGUCUGCUCCAGACGCUGUGUCAUGGACUGUCGAUAGAGUUUGUAAAUUCUGUAUGGAUCUCGAAUAG